CCAGGUCAACUUGUACGUCCGAUUUGCCUCGCCCUAGAACAGUCCGCUCGCCUUCAUUCCUCAUUCACCAAAGUCCAGAUCCGUAAUUCCAAACCCUAACAAGCGACAUCUCCCCCAAACAGGCCAAACUUGUUACCGCCGCCGCCGCCGCCGCCGCCCCCGCCCCUGGGACCGAACCUGGCUCAGCAUUCCAGCCGGUGCGCUCGUGGACUCCUCCCCUUCAGGACAUCCUCUGCGAUUCCUCGGCCCUGUAGUAUUUCUGAUUUGCUGCGGCGCAUGUCCAUGGACAUCGAGUAUUCCUGGUUCCUAUAAUAUCAUUGCUGCGGCGCAUGCGCAUGGCCAUCGGGGAUUUAGAGGCAGAUAUCAAGAUCACGCGCCUGUAGCGGGAAAGGGGAAUAGCUCCCGGAGCCAAUGGCGAAGCGUGCGCGCGCAGGCAUAACCGCCAGCGACGAUGCUGACGACCGGCUAAGCGCCCUUCCGGACGGCGUCCUCCACACCAUCCUGUCAUUCCUGCCGGCGCGGCAGCUCGUGCAGACGAGCUUGCUGUCGCGGCGGUGGAAAGACCUCUGGUGCUCUACUCCCUGCAUCAACAUCGACGAGCGGGAGUUCGACAUUGGGAGCGGCCGCAACGUCCAAGCCAAGAAAUGGAGCAAGUUCGAGAACUUCAACACAAACCUGCUCCUCUUCCGCAGCAAUGCCGCGUCCGUUGAUAAGUUCUGCUUAUAUGCCCACGAGCAUAACCACCGAGAUGUCGAUAAAUGGAUUCGCCGUGGCAUCAAGUACUGCCCUGCCGAUCUCCAUAUUUCGGUACUGAAUGACGUUGCCUUUAAAUUGCCUUCCCUGGGCUCAUGUUUUGGCACUCUCAGAAGGUUGUAUCUUUCCAAUGUGUCCCUGGACAACUGUUUUGCCGAGCUGCUCUCGUCUGGAUCUUCUCCCCUGGAAAUUCUGGAGCUUAGGAGCUGCUGGAAUUAUUUUUGGGACAUCACAUCGCACACGCUCAAGGACUUGUUCAUUGAUUCGUGUAUCCAUCAUGAUGCACAUCCAUUGGUUAUCACAGCUCCAGGCCUUACAUCUCUGCGUCUGAAUAUCACCAACACAUCGUAUGCAGAUGGUAUAUCUGUCUACCAGACAACUACCCUUGCCAAAGCAACUAUUGGUAUACAAUCUCCUGGAUUCUUCCCUGUGGACAAUCAGCGCAAUCUCCUUCGUAGCUUGUUCAGUGUGACCAAAUUAGAGUUGGGGAGCUUUGAGACAAAGGCGCUGCUCGUUGAUGAAUUUAGUGAAUUCCAAAAAUUCGCUAAUAUGCGAACACUGUUAUUUGGAGAAAUUUUCCUUGAUGAAGGUUGCCUUGAUGUCAAACUGGAACUUCUAGGCAGCUUUAUUCAGAAUGCUCCUUGCCUAGAGAAGCUUACUCUCUAUUGUUCCAUGGUUAAAGAACAUUGUGAGAUGGAAUGGGACAGCAAGAGGAGGAGCAUCAAUCUGCAACGUCAAAAUCAAAAGGCUUUCCAAUGUCCGAAGCUGAAGGUGGUAGAAGUCUUAUACGAAGAUGACCAUCAUCACCGACUCGCCGAAUUUUUGUGGGUUAUUACGGCGAGGCUACCACAUGCCAGCAUCACACUCACCAAGCUUAGAUAAUUUAUUCAUGGUCCUCUUAUCUUUACAAUGCUUCUUUGGAUUAGUGUGCUCGUGAGAUUUUGAUGUCUAGUGCUGUGACAUAGUGGCACCACGAGUUAUGCUGUCAAUUGUCGCUUGCUUCGAAGUGGACAUGUGCACUGAUUUUAUGUAUCAUCGUUUUACUAGAACUUUGUACGUAUCAUAACAUUUUGAUAUCUCUAGCACCGUUAUUCCAUAGUGGUGCAACAAGUUAUGCCA